UAAAACUUUCUUUGGCCAAAUCCACAUAGAAAGAGAACCGAUUUCAAAAUUGCCGCGUAAAUUCUGCUGUUGAUACACCUAGUACGACUACCUAAGUUUUGACACAUUGACUUUUGGGUACAAUGACAGAAAAUUAUUUGUCAGUAAAAAUUGAAUCUUUUUUCUCUCGAAUGGUGGUUGUUUUGUUCAAUCUUUUCAGUUAGCUGAGUAAAAAUUAAUUUCGUGAUUAAAGAAUUGUAUAAAAAUUGAUCAUUUUGAAGAUGCCACUAACGAGCGCCGAGCGAAAAAGACGCUAUUUGGAGAAAAUGAAAGAAAAUGGCGGUUUCGAUGAAUUCAAAAGAAAAAAUGCUGCCUACGCAAAAAACAAACGAGUGGAACUGAAGGUCGGUGUAGAACAGCUUCCGAAAAAAGAUAGAGAAGACAUUAAGCGAAAGAACCGGCAGUACAGUCAACGUAAACAACGAGAAUAUCGCGAGCGCAAGAAGAAAACGGAAAGUACCGCCAACGGCAGCACCGUGUCAUCAGACCCCAAAACAGAAGAAGAUGGUCAGUACAAAACUGCCAGCGCUUUGAAUAAAGCCGUAGCAAAGUUAAAGCGAGCAGCACCCGCAACAUUGGUGAAGUCGAAACAGGCUGUUGCAAAAUUUCUAAAAACAUUUGAUCCGUCCGACGUAAAGGAAAUGGUUGGAAUAAGCGAGAACAAGCGGAAAGGGUCCAGAGCAAUCAAACCAUCAAUCGUGUCUGAAGUCGAUGCUUUCUACCAACGAGAUGAUAUCAGCCGUAUAUCACCGAACGUGAAGCAUUGUAAAAGAUUUGAGGAUCCGUCGACUGGCGCAAAAGAGUUCAAACAAAUCCGGUUCCUAUUGUACACGUUGUCUGAUGUCUACAGGAUGUUUUUGGAACAGGCUGUUCAAAACAGCGACGAGAAACCCCCGAUCCGAUUCUCAAAAUUUUGUGCGCUGCGUCCAGAUCACGUGAAACUGGUGAACGAUACACCCCUUGACCAGUGCCGGUGCUUUUACCAUUCAAAUUUCAUUCUUUGCUGUGAAGCGAUUAACCGGUUCAUGCCAAAGUUUCCGAAGUAUGGCAAUGACUUGGAACGGCUAAUUUUAUGCAACAAUCCCAAGAAGGAGUGUUACCUCCGGAAGUGCAAGACAUGUCCGAACAUUGAAGACAUAUUGGCAACGGCGAUGAAGAAUUCAGAUAAACAGAAAGGCGAUUCCGUCACGUUCAAUAAAUGGGUGAAGAACCCAGACACAAACCGUUUUCAAAAAGUCGUCCAAGAGGAAACGUUGGAAAACUUGAUGCAGUACUUCCGUCGAAUUCUACCGGAUUUCCAAAAACAUUCGUAUGUUAAACGUCAACAGGCAGCAAGUUUCGAGGCAGACAAGAUCGAGGCGGAGCAAUCAAAUAAUGAAGUUGCCGUGCUUCAAAUCGAUUUUGCUGAGAACUUUGUGUGUGAGGCUCAGGACGAAGUACAGAGCGCUCAUUGGAACCAGGCAGCUGUAAGUUUAUUUACUUCGUGUCUGAUGUUGUCUGGAAAACAGAAACCCGUUGUGAUUGCUUCAGACAACCUUAAACAUACCAAGAAUGAAAUUGCAUGCUAUCUGUUUGACAUCGUCUCGAAAGUUCCAUCAACGGUGAAGGUUUUGAAAGUGUGGUCAGAUGGUCCGAAUAAUCAAUUUAAGAACAAAUUUAUUGGUGCCUUGCUGAAGUUGCUCGAAGUUCAUUUCAAAAUCAAAAUCAUCUGGAAUUUCUUCGCCACGUCCCAUGGAAAGGGGUGCGUGGACGGAAUCGGAGCGGUUGUUAAAAACCGCGUAAAGCGAAUCGUAAAGUCUCGCAAAGCGAUCGUGAACUGUGCACAGGAUUUCGUUGAUUCUUUUAAUUCAGAACCUUCCACCAUUGAAUUAAUUCACUUUUCUACAGAUGAUUUUGAAAAAUCCUUUAAGAAAUUUCAGAUAGACGCAACAUUUCAAGAUGCAGCACCCGUGGCGAACAUAUUCAACAGUCACCAAUUUCAGGUUGUUGGCUCUAAGGUCAUUGGAUUCUUUGUGUCGAGUGAAGGAUAUGCCUACUGUCAAAAUUCCUAAUCCUUCUGCAAUUAUUUUUUAAAUUCCAUUUUAACUAAUUUUCAGGUUUUUCAGGUCUUUUAAAAUCUUGUUUUUCAUUUCAGCUUGGUUUAAGCUUCAACCGAUUGAUAUUUCGACGAAAUUCUGUUUCUUUAUUUCAGAUUUUUAGUUUAAGUUUUAGAGAUAAGGAAUAGCAUUAAGGAUUAGUUAUAAGAUUCGUAUCCCCUGGUUCUCCUGAACUAGGCAGGUUUCCAUGGUUCCCUGAUCCAAUAGUCUAUCGGAGCUUCUCUCUGUAGAUUGUAAAUUUGAAGUCGUCCAUGGGCGGAAUUCGUUUACGAAUUUAGGAUUUUUUUUUAAUACAAAUAAAUGAAAUAUAACA